AAACAAAAGCUAUCGCACUUACAGUGUCUCAGUUUUACAGUAGCUCCCAACACGGAAAGCAGCAGAAGCGCUUCGAAAAAAAAACUGAGCUAUCCAUCCAACUUUAAAUUUUAGUAUAACAAUCGCAAAUACCUGCAAAUAGUAUGGGCAAACUAGUGUUGUACGGCGUCGAUGCUAGUCCACCGGUGCGUGCUUGCAAGUUGACCCUGGCUGCGCUCGGUUUGCAAUACGAAUACAAAUUAGUGAAACUACUUGACGGCGAACACCGAACCGCCGAAUUUGAACGCAAGAAUCCACAGCAUACGGUACCGGUGCUCGAGGACGAUGGCCAAUACAUUUGGGACUCUCACGCUAUUAUUGCAUACUUGGUACGACGUUAUGCUAAGGACGAUUCACUUUAUCCCAAGGACUUUUUAAAACGUGCCGUGGUCGAUCAGCGUCUUCACUUUGAAUCGGGUGUAUUGUUUCAGGGCUGUUUGCGUAACAUAGCAUUGCCAGUGUUCUAUGACAAUGAGAGCGAUGUGCCGCGUGCAAAAAUUGAUGCCAUUUAUGAAGCAUACGACUUUCUCGAGGCUUUCCUGGGCGAUGAACCGUAUAUGUGCGGCAAAACUAUCACUUUAGCCGAUUUUAGCAUCGUAUCCACCGUAUCUAGCUUCGAGGAGUUGGCGCCUAUCGAUGCGGCUAAAAAUCCGAAAUUAAAAGCUUGGUUGGCACGCAUUAGCCAAUUGUCCUACUAUAAUCAAGCGAAUGGGUAUGGUGCCAAAAUGCUGAUCGAUAUGUUCAAGGAAAAGAUUAAGCGAAUUGUAUAAGCGAUAUGGAGCCACAGGAAAUGUUUUGAGAUACAUAUGUGUGUGUGUGUAUUUAGCUGAUUUAUCAGUGAUUUUGAUUGAAAUAAAAUAAAUUUAGUGAUAAGUGGUAAAUAAU